AUGGUCACAACCUCCGGUGUCGUCCUGGCCUAUGUCGUGCCCAUCGUUGUCGUCGUCCUCGCCGUCCUCUAUAUUGUUUACUACAUUCGCAAACAUAAAAAACGACUCACUUCCUCCUCCUCUGAUUCAAGUUACCGCUCAGAUUCUAGAAUCCCUGGCUCCGGCUCGGCUACCACUGCUGGCUCCUCCGGAACUCAACCAACUCCUGCUUCGGACCAACAAUCAACCUCCAUUGGUAGUAACGGCAGACCUCGCCGCCAACGUUAUCGCCGCCGACGUCGCCUACGCAACUUCCUAACGGGCCAAAGCAACAACCCUGACGACCCGGAAGAACGUCGUUCACUCUUUGGCCAUCAUGGUGACUCCUCAUCAACUACCACUACCACUACCACUAGAACCACUACCCGGUCUACUACAAACUCCCGUCAGCGACAGCAACAGCAGCAAGCCCGUCGCAAUCGAAACCGUGCUCCAAGACCACCUAAUGUGCCGCCUCCAACCCGUGGCAAAGAAGAUGAAGAAUGGGCUGAUGCUUAUAACCACGUUCUUCGUGAUAACCCCUAUGCACUAACCCUAUAUGAACUUGAUGCCAUGUUCCCCGCACAGCAGUUUAAGCGUGAAAAACAUGAUUUAUACCGUCUGGCUCGAAAAACUUCCAUGAAAGCUCGUGAUCUUCAACGCAGAUCCCUCCAACGUGCAAGUACUGCUUUGCGCAAUUCUACAGUCUCAGCUGCUAUGGCAUCAGCCCCAUCAUCAAGACCAACUUCAGUCAUUGGAAACAAUGCCAUCGAUACAUCAAUCCCUCCAGUUCCUCCUAUAGAUUCUGUGCUCAGUAGUCAAACUUCUCUUGUUAAUACAGGAGGGCAACAAGUUGGUGCAAUCCCCGCAACUGGAUCCCGUCCACAAACACCCGUAUCACAAACAUUGACAUCCCCAAGAGCCCCUCCAUUCAAUAACAAUCUCGCAAACUUCUCCGACGUAUCCCUAUCAAGCUCUCUUCAUGAAUCAAUUGCAUCGCCACUCGCUCAGCCCCUUCCAAAGGGUCCCAUGGCUUAUGGUUCUUCCAUCGUUCGUCCAGCAUCAGUCGCAACCGUCGGUGCAGUCUCCUCAGCUUCAAUUAACCCCCGUAAUAGCAACAUCCGCCGCAAUAUAUCACUCCCAAUCCAUCGCAGUGCCCCAACCACUCCAGCUACCACAAGCAGAUUUGGUCCUCAUCGUGCGCAUACCCUCAAUGACGACGAAGACAGUAAUCUACUCCAUCAUCUCGACGGUGGAAGCUCUACUGCCUACGAUUCAUAUGCUCAUGGCGAUCUUGAGCGUGGACCCGACCCAGUGCUUUCCCGAAAUCCUAUCAUUGACCAGGACGAUAGUGAUUACGAGUGGGUCUACGAAGAGUACACAGAUGAUGACGAUGAAGACGACAAUGAGCGGCGGCGGCGUCGCGACGAUCUUGCUCGCAAUGACAGCGACAAUGAAAGUAACAGUACAAAUGAAAACUGGCUUCAAACAGUGGCCUCCAUGUUUAGUCCGCUUGGCCCAGCCGCUCAAAACAUAGAAUAUAACGACCUGCAUGACCUUAACCCGCCACAAAUCUCGGACGAUGAAGCCGGCUUGGACCGAAGGCAUUCUUCAGGUGCUCGCCGGCUCCAACCACUCCGCUCAGCAUCAGCAGAUGGACAUCUCCGUGGUCGCCACAGCGACGAGGAUUUUGACGCCGAUAACGAUUCAGAUGAAGAUCUGGUGUUACAAGCAGCUGCAGUUUCUCGCGGAGCUUCUCUCAAACGCAUGUCUGCAGCUGCUGGACUUACGCAUCAUUAUAGCUUGCCCGCAGCCCCACGGGUCAACCGACAUACAUCAACCAUGUCAGCAUCUGGGAUGGCCAUUCGAAAUGCUAUCCAUACAAUCCCAGAGUCAAGCGAAGGAUGGGCUACCAAUGGAGGUGCUGCUAUUGCAGGGUCCUCUGCACAAACUACCCCUGGGCCGUCUGCUGAUACCCCGCUUAUUUCUACUGCAACCUCGCCUUCUGCCGGCCAGCCUGAUCUCAGUGUAGUCCAUGAGGAUGCUGAACCCACUCAUUCAGAAGAAGAAGAAGAAAAGCCGGUCUCUCAUGUCCAGAUUGUUGGCGAGGACAAUGACUUUGUGUUUUGUCCAAUCUGCCAGGGUACAAUCCGCGAAAAGGAAGAAGACGAUGUCAAACCUGAGCGCAUCAGUGAGGAACCUGAAGAAGGCACUGAGUCUGAUGAAGCCACUCGUGUCGAGGAAGAAGAAGAAGAAGAGAAAGAAGAUAAAGAGGAAGAAAAUGAUGGUGAUAAAGACGGGAAAAAGGCUGCCAGCAAAAAAGAUGCUGCUGCUACAACAAGUACAACUGACGGGCUUGAAGACAAUGAUCACAUUGUGCGAUUACUUUCGUGCAACCAUGUGUUCCAUGACGAAUGCAUCACACCAUGGCUCACCACCAGCAAGGCGCUUUGUCCGCUGUGUAAGCGUGAUUUCCGCAAUGAGAUUCCUGUUGAGGUUUUACGUGCAGAAAGUGUAUAG